AUGUCGUCGUUGUUGUCAGCGGACGAUCUCAACGACUUUAUCCGGCCGGGCGUGGCGUGCAUCAAGCCCGUGGAGGAUCUGAGAAAGGUGCCCGAGGGGGGGCCCCGGCAUGUUGAGCUUGAGUUUGAGAGCGGGGACGGGGGCGGGCCUGCGGAGGUGGAGGUGGAGGUAGGCGCCGACGGCGAGAUGGUGGAGGUGGAGAAGGGCGGCAGCGGGAGCCGGCGGCGGCUUGAGAAGGCGCAGAUCUCGCUAGCGGACUGUCUUGCGUGCUCCGGGUGCAUCACGUCGAGCGAGGAGGUGUUGAUUUCGCAGCACAGCUUCCAGGAGUUCGUGAGCUUCUGGACGGAGCACGCUGCGGCGCAGGCUGCGGGAGAGCUGCACUACGUGCUGAGUCUGAGCCAGCAGGCCCGGGCGUCGUUUGCGAACGCGUUCGACGUGAGCGUGGAGGUGGCGGACCGCGUGCUGGCCCGCGUGUUUGUCGAGCACUACGGCUUCGAGUACGUGGUGAGUGUCGGAGUCGGGAGGCGGCUUGCGUACGCGGCGCAGUACGACGAGGUGGAGGCGAGGACGAAGUCCGAGCCCGAGCCCGCCGCCGGGGCCGCCGCCGGGGCCAACGUGCUUGCGUCCAUCUGUCCCGGCUGGGUGCUCUACGUCGAGAAGACGCACCCGGAGCUUGCCGGACGCCUGAGCCGGGUCCGGUCGCCGCAGUACAUCACCUGCCGGCUCGUCAAGGACGUCUUGCGCCGCGAGCGGGGCUACGAGCGGACCCAGGUGUACAACUUGAGCGUGAUGCCCUGUUUCGACAAAAAGCUCGAGGCGUCGCGGGACGACGACGUGGUGGAGUGUGUCAUCACCCCGCGGGAGGUGGUGAGCAUGCUUCUUGAGGACGACCGUGUGGACCUGGAGCGGCUCAUCGAGGACGAGGCCGCCGCCGCCGCCGCCGCCGGCGCGGCCGACUACGCUGCCUUUGUGCGCCGCGUCAGCCCCCCGGGCUGGUUUGCCGGCAACAUGUACGGGUGGGGCGGCGACGCGGGCGACGAGUCCGGCGGCUACGCCGUGGCGUACCUGGAGCAGUACCGGCGGCGCCACGGCGUGACGGACGGGUGGGUGCGGACGGUGCGGGGCCGGAACGAGGACGUCUACGAGCUGCAGCUUGUGAGGGGCGGCGGCGCAGGCCCGGAGGAGGUUGUCUGCCGGAGCGGGGUGAUCAACGGGUUCAAGAACAUCCAGAACCUUGUGAUGGCCUGUCCGAGCGGGUGCAUCAACGGCGGCGGCCAGCUCACUGGCUCGCCGCCCGUGUCGCCCGCCGCCUGGCUCGCCCGCGCGCGCGCCCGCUACGCCGAGGUGCCUGCGUGGGCCGCCGACUCCGACGACGAGCAGCGCCGGCUGCAGCGCUGGCUGGCCCAGUACGGCGGCGGACAGGACGACGUGGUGCUGGCGCGGGCUCCGAGCAGCGCGGCCGGCGCCACGGGCGCUAAGUCCGACGCCGAGGCCGCGGUGGCCGUCGCGUCGGCGGGAUGGUAG